GAUCCAACUUCUUCCCCGAAACGUCGCUGCUCCGACCUCAUCCACAACCCCCGUCGUUCGCCUUACCUCCUUGUCAGAUCCGCAGCGCCCAGCACUGUCGAGCCCAUCCAAACCCCACCAGCAUCGGAUAACGUGUCUCCAGUGUGUAUUCUUCCCAGGGGAAAAAUUGCCAUCCCACCCGUGAAACCUCUGGCGAAAUUGGCCGAUCCUAUUCAGCAACAACAACAAGCGCAACAACAACAACAACAGGAACAACAUCAGCAGCAGCAGCAGCAACAACAACAACAAGAACAGCAACAGGUUCUGCACCCAAGCGUCCCCUCUAGUACCACUCAGGGUGAAGCGUCCGCGGACGUACUCGGCUCUACUUCUGCUAGUUUGAAGAUGCAGGAUGACGUUCGUCUUACUCCGGCUCAAGGUGUUCUUGUUCAAAACCUGUUUCAAGGCGCAAAUUGUCUCUCCAAGCCAGAAAAGGCGAUCAUUGUCUCUUUCGUUGGUGGUUCGCGAGUGAAUCCGCAUCCUGAAGCUGGCAACGCCCUCCGAAUCCGUUUAAGUGAAUAUCGCGAACGUGUGAUCGAUUCGGCGACAGGCAACGUGAUGGACGUUGCUGCGGACACAUUCAUCUACUUGAACUAUGCCACCGGCAAAUGUGAAAAAAUCAAGUGUUACCGCACCCUCCCAGCAGAGACUGAGCGUGAUCAAGCCAUGUCCGAGUUUGUUGGUCCGUUGACAAAGGAUGACUACGAAGAUGCGUACAGACGGCGCGAUAAGCGUACAAUGCAGCAGCUCAUGGCCGAGGAGGAUGCCAUCAUCGAUGCCGAGGUCGGAGAUUCCGGGGAGGCUGAGAAGGAGGCAUUGGCUGCGGCCAGCGCUGCUUGGGUUCCUGUUACCCCACAGUACGUGGAUACCCACUUCUCCCUGUGGAGCCUCUCCAGGCGACCCGGCGAUCUUUACGAGGGAGUGCAGCUACCCGGACAGAAGCCCGACUCC